AUGGCGCAAUCGCUGACGAACGAGCUCUACCUUCAGAAGUUGGAGGAGCUUCGCCAGUUGGAACAGAUCCUUGGCGGUACCCAGCAGCUUGCCGAUGGGCUUGAGUCGAUGGUGGCCGAACUCGGACGCAUGGCGUCGGGCGCCGACAAAGUGGCCUACCUCCUCGCCAACUGGAAAAGCGUUACUCAAGCAACCCAGUUGGGCAGUCUUGGUGGCGGUGUCGCUACUGAUUCGGGAGUAUACACCGCUCCGUUGGUGCGGUACCCUCUCGAUGACCCCGAACAAACCACUGAGCCCUAG